AUGCAUUCGGCCUUCGGCGUCUGCGUGGCGUCGCAGCAUCGCAGCACCGCGCGCCCCCGCUUCCCGGCUGAAUGCCCGCCCGCAGCGACUGAACUGACACUGUCGGAUGGACACUGGUGGCCCCGGCAUGGCUGUAAACUUUAUUUUGCGUCGGCGCAGGGCAGCGCAGGGCACGGCGUCUCGGGUGUCCCCCCAGCAGGUCUGCCGUUGGAGCUUCCCUGGUCCUGUACAGCGUUGUUAUACAGCGUUGUUAAAGGCCAAGAAAGGCCGCGGGGGAAUAUGUAG